UACUUGACUCCUUCGAUUCUUAAGACACUUGCGCGUGCGCAGUGGAGUCUUUGGCCUACGCGCUGUUAUUCGAACGCCGCGGAUCCCAAAAUAGCAUAUGAACACUUUCAUCUGCAUAAUCCGAGAUAUGUGUCUUGUGUGUUGAGUGUAAUCUCGUAUUUUGGAUAUUUUCUGUACAAAAGGUGCUGUCCAGUAUGCCCAAGGUUGAACGAAAAGAAUAUCAAGAAACGAAAAUUCUCAAAACAGUGUCCCCAGUACGAAGUCAAUCAAGUCAAAACCUAUCACAAUUCGAUAGCAAUUUAGAUUAUUUACUCGAUGAUCUACAGAAUUCCGUAUCCAGACCUGGAAGUUCCCUAGCUGUAAAUAACGAUCAUGAUCAUUACAGAACGAAUGGAUUCAAUUCGCAUAAAACAAACUCCUUAAAUAGAGUUUUAAGGGUUAAUGCAGCUAACCCAGUAACAGAAUAUAGCAGCGAUGAUGCAUAUAGCUAUAAGAGUCCAGAUGGAUCAAAAAGGAUCGAAGGAUAUAAAAAAGAAUCAUAUUCUUACAGAACUACUGAGGGUACCACUGAUAUUAGGCCGGAAAAAUUACGAGUGCAAAAUAGUAUCAACCAACUGGAUUCUCUUCUUGAUGAUCUGAAGGAAGCCAAAAAGGCACCCUUGAUGGAAAGAGAUACUUACGGACAUUAUGUUGAGACACCAAAGAUAUCUGAACGAAAUGAAAAAAUCAGCGCUGCUUCCGUAAAACGGGAACUACAUUAUGGAGAUACACCCCAAACCCAGCGAGCUAGUACUUUGAAUAGACGUAUCGAGAAGGAGCAUAUGGUUUCGAGGGACAAUGAUUAUAGAACGAACGAAGGAUUCUACACCCACACAACCUCGAGCUCGCCUCCCUCAAGAACAUCAACUCUAUCCCGACAAAUGAAAGUGAAGAACGUCCACACUUCCCCGGUUGAAGUGGUCGAAACAACGUGUCCCGAAAUAAAUCCAGAGAUCCUGGAACACCUCGACCCCGCCCUGCGACCCCCGGAGAACACCAAGGUGACCACCACCAUAAAAACUUACACGUACGAGAUACCCGGAACGCUGGACUACAGGAACACCUCGGAUGUAUCGGUGGAUUCGAAAAAGUACGUGUAUUCGCCGAACGAUUCCCAUUCGACGCCAAGCAAGAGCUUCGUCUACGAAAAAAUGGAGAAUAUCGAGAACAAGAGGACCGUGGUGCAGCCCGAGGUCAACGUCGAUACCAGAGUGGUCAAGGAGUAUACUACGGAGAACUAUAAGCCGUACAAGAAGCCGAAUCCUCCUGGAUACGAUGGGAACAUAACAGAGACUGUCACCACGAGGAAUUAUCAACCAGGGUACCCUCGAUCCAACAACGAAUAUGUCUACAACGAAACCGUGACAACUAAAAAUAUCGAUACCGGCUAUCCCAUAGCUCCUCCACAAAAGAAAACUUACAUCGUGGAGGAGACGAUCGAUGAAAGAAAUUACAUCGAUAACUAUCCCGUGAGAGACCCUCCUCCUCCAAAAACGUACAUCGUUGAAAAGACGGUGAACGAAAGGAACUAUGUUAAUGAUUACCCAGUGAGAGAUCCACCGAGGAAAGAAACUUAUAUUUACAAGGAAACCCAUAACACCAUCAAUAAGAAUUACCCGGAUCAACCAAGAGAUUAUCUGGACAGGGACACCACCAGAGUUUCAGUGAGGGAGACCAAUACCAAUAGGAUCAAUGAACCGCCUUAUAGAAACGAUUAUCAACCACCUCAACAACCGAUCAAUAUCAAAUAUAAAUACACCACCACGAGCUCAACAACCAAUAACUACAAAACGGGUUAUCCUCCAAAUGAAGAAGGAGAACUUCUCUUGCCUCGACCAUUUCCAACUGAUGAACGCGUUGAUGGACCGCCGAAAAAGUUAGAUGAAUUGAUGAACACCAUAGGAAGAGAGCCUCCCACUAGUCCGCUCAACGCAGGAUUCCAACAACACGAACAAGAAUUGAUCAACGAACGAAAGGCUAAAGUCUUGAAGCAGCAAGCAACGGAAGUUGAAGAUUUGCAACGGGCUGAACCUUUGGUGAAAUCGAGGAAUGUCGAUGGACCCCCUGUAUAUUACCCGCCAGGACACGAGAUGUUCGCUAAGAAGGAAGAGGGCGCUGCAGCUUGGAGAGCACAGGGAGCUUACGCAAGAGAAGCUGGAAAAUACGAAUACGAAGCAGAGAGCAAAAGUAAAUCAAAGAGUUCAUCAGGUGCAGCUAUAGUUCCAGUUUGUCUUCCCUUAUGUUGUGGACUUCCUUGUACAAUAAUAUAAAUACUAUUAAAAAAAAACUGAAAUCCAAUAAUAAUGAUUCAUUUCUUGAUUUAUUUGAAAUUUAUCACUACUUUUAAGAGCUAAUUAACAAAGUUUAUAUUCAGCUUGUCAAUGUAUAAUAUAAAUGAACUCCUGAAAUAAUUAAUACAAAAAUUAUAUAUAUUUUAUGUUU